CAAAAAAUUAAUGACAAUACAUACAUAAAACAAUAAUAUCGGUUUUCAUGUGCCACAACAUAUUUUGACAUAGUCAGUCGUUUUACUACAUAUAAAAAAUAUUGUAUUUGUUGCCGAAACGCUCUCACCUGAUUAAUACGCCUUGCUGACUAACAUUUCAUUUUUAACUCACAAUUAAAACAAAGUGAUUUUAAAAAUAAAUUCAUACAUACAUAUUAAAAUAACGAAAUAUCAGUAAUUUAUUUGGUUGUCUGGUUUUUUUUCACGUAAAUAAGUCUUUCACAAAGCAUUGCAUCCAAAAAUGAGUGAACAAGAUCUAGAAAUGUCUGGAUUAGGAAUAAAGCUGAUAACUGUUCAAUGUAGAGAACAUCCAAAAGUUUAUACGCAAUUAGCUGGUUGCGUGGAGUCAUAUGCAUGGGAUUUAAACGAAGACGAUGAUAUAGUGAAGCCAAAUGAAAUCUAUGAACGUUUAUCAAGUCCAAUAUACACACACUAUUCCACACUAUUAAUAAGGAUAGAUUGUUGUUAUCGUCCCUGUCGCGGACAAAAUCUACGCAAAAUAUUAAACGCCAUCCAAUGCAAUAAAUCUUUACGCAAUAAAUUGAAAGUGAUUUUUACUUCCUAUGUUUUAUACGAAGAAGACGAAGAUAAUCCUUGUGCCGAAAUGUGGACAGAUUUCGACAGUUUUAUAAGCAGUCAACUGGAGAACACUUUUUUGUUUCAGGAAUAUAAACUAGAUCUUCAGUUGGAGACAGUAGUACAGCAAUUAUUUUCUGCACUGCAAUGUCAGAAAUUUAUAACCGCACAAGAAAUGCAAAUGAAAUUCGCUGGUCGUUGGGCACUCAUACACCAGGGUGAAGGAAAUGUUGAAUUAUAUUUUUAUGCUGUGAAUCCAGCAUUGGUCAUUAUCAUAAAUAAUUACUAUUUUAGAAAUGGCACACGCGAGGGCAGUGACAAGGACGUUCAUAAUCUUAUACAUAUGUUGGAGAAAGCAAGAACUCAUUAUAUUCUAAAAGAAGAUAUUAGUCGAGCUGGUCUUCAAAGGUUGACAAAAUAUUUAAGCCGAAAAAAUCUCAAAUUACUUCAGAGUUUGUAUUUUAUUAUAAUGAGUCAUGGCUCUGCAAAUGACAUGAUCCACACGAAGGAUGGCAAAGUAAACUUUAUCAAUGAUAUAUUACAACCCAUACAAUUCAACGACAGCUUAAAGGAAACAAGUAUUACAUUCUUCAAUGUCCAUUGUCGUGGUGAAAUAAAUGCUGAAUAUGCAGCUCCUGAUGCCUACGACAAGAUACAGCAGACCCAAAUUGAACAGUUGAAACCCAAUAUUUCGAUAAAUUACAGUGUUCCCAAUUCAUUUAUAUCACCUAGAAUUCCUGAAAGUGGCGCGCCAUUUAUUGCAUGUCUUUGUAAAGCAUUUGACACUUUGGAUUCUCCAUGUCACAUCAAAACUCUACAUGAAAAAAUUUGCAGCUAUUUACAAUAUCAACCUUACUACGAAAUGCUGGAUUGCUUUAGCCAAUCUUCGGAAUUAGUUAUGGGUGAUGACACACAACCACAUUGCAUUAAGCCAAUGUCUGUUAAUGCCAAGGAAUUUAUAAAAUUAUUUAAAUCGAUAAAAAAUGAUUUUCGUAAACCGCACAAUAAACACAAUUAUGCAUUACGAAAUAGAGUAAAUCGUAGUUAUUUUUACAACAGAUAUACUCGUAUAUUGAACAAGUAUAGAAAUAUACAUCACACUAGGACAUCCUCAUCCAAAUCGGUGAACAAAUCAUUUUGUUUAUAUGCCAAAGGAAAGCAAUUUCAGAAAUAUAUGAAUGAAAAGAAAUAUAUUUGCAGCGAUUUGAAUGAAGAAACCUGUUAUUUUGAGGAGACCAAAAGCCAAUUAGAAUUAGAUCAGGAAGGGAAAGGUCGUCGUGUAUGGCGCGAACUAUAUGCAUACCGCGAUUUGAAUGAAGAAACCUGUUAUGUUGAGGAGACCAAAAGCCAAUCAGAAUUAGAUGAGGAAAAGAAACGUCGUCGUGUAUGGUGCGAACUAUAUCUAGACCGAUGGGUAUACAUAAACAGGUUUCGACGUUAUAAAGAAACACUACUUACAUUAGAGGAUGAAGAGGAUGAAGAUAUAUGAAAUGUUUAUGAAAAAAUCUACUAUUUUUUAAAAAAAACCGGUUUGUCGGUUUAAUUAUCUUAGAUAUUUCAAGAAUAUACAUACUUAUACCGUUUUAUAUACAGAACAAAUAAAAUAACAAAAAAAGUACACUACACAUUA